GGUGCGCAGUGAUGUAUCCGGGGCCAAACACGCAGGGGGCAUAUGGGAAUGAAGGUGUAGAGGUGCCAAGUAUGAUGGGUUGAAACCAUCAGUCCCAAAAAGGUUAAACCCAGUCCUGUUCAGCCCCCAAAGGACCCUGCGCCAUGUCAGGGGGCUCCCAAGAGGACAAGCUCCUGAGUAAUCUGGGAUACAAGCUGGGCCAGACUCUGGGUGAGGGCAGCUACUCCAAGGUGAGGGUGGCCACCUCAACCAAGUACAAGGGCCCACUAGCCAUCAAGAUGGUAGACCGACACCGAGCACCCCCCGACUAUGUACACAAAUUUCUGCCACGGGAGCUCUCUCUUCUUCGGGUGAUCCGGCACCCUCACAUUGUGCGGAUCUUUGAGUUCAUUGAAGUCUGCAAUGGGAAACUCUACAUCGUAAUGGAAGCAGCGUCCACUGAUCUGCUCCAGCUGGUGCAGCAGCUUGGGAAACUAUCUUGUGUCCCUGAGGCCCGGAACAUCUUUGGACAGAUCGUGGGUGCCGUGCGUUACCUUCAUGACCGGAAUGUGGUGCACCGGGACCUCAAGUGUGAGAAUGUCUUGCUCACUUCCGAUGGCCUCCGGGCAAAGCUCACGGACUUUGGUUUUGGCAAGGAGGCACGUGGCUACCCAGACCUGAGCACCACCUACUGCGGAUCAGCUGCCUAUGCCUCUCCCGAGGUGCUGCUGGGUAUACCUUACGACGCCAAGAAGUACGACAUAUGGAGCUUGGGUGUGGUGCUCUACGUGAUGGUGACCGGCUGCAUGCCCUUUGAUGACACCCAUGUCCACAGCAUGCCCCGCCGCCAGAAGAAGGGAGUCCUCUAUCCUGAGGGUCUUCCUCCUCUGCCUGAGCCCUGCAAAGCCCUCAUUGCCCAGCUGCUCCAGUUCAGUCCAAUCUCUCGGCCUGGGGUGGAUCAGGUGGCCAGGAACAGCUGGCUGAAAGGGGAAGUCUAAAAGCAAGCAGAUUUUCCCAUCUAGCACCACAUGGACUGGCUGGGGACACUGAUAGUGCAGACUCCAGCAAUAGCAGCAUAGAUUAUGUGGAGCUGUUGGCAGGAAGCUUAUGGAAACAAACUGACCAUAUGAAGCUGUUGGGGGUAGUUAAUGAGCAAUAGACACGUACUGUUGCUGAAAAGGGGGAAUUAAAUAGAUAGCAAUCACAGAGAGUUGUCAGCAGUGGAUGGAGUCUGCGCACAAGGAGCGUUGAAGUACUGCCUACUAACUACAAGUUAUGUGUGUGUAGUACAGCCCCUGCAGCUGGCUGUCUUGGUCAUUUCACCAGACUCCAUUGUGCUCAGAGAUGCAGAUAUCCAGAAAGAGACACUAUUUGCUCUGCAACCUCCAUGACUGUGCAAUAAACUCUGUCUUUUGCUGCUG